UUGGGGCCCUGCCGGUGACGGGACAGCUGAGAUCGCUGCUCUUUUUCAGUCAAAUGGAGCUUUGCUCAGCGAGUGAAACCGAUUUGAUUGGAAAGCCAAAACAUCAGUGAGCAUUCCGGAAAAGAUGAGAAUGCUUCCAGCAUUGGCUUUCCUGCCAAUCGCCGUCAUUCCCGAGGCCUUCCAGGACCUUUUCGAAGUUUUCCCCACCGAUGCCUCACUCGUGGCGGACUACUUCGAGGACGUGUAUAUCGGGAUACCCCGUCGAAACGGCUCGUCGUCGGCCACCUUUCCUCCUCUGGUUUGGUCAGUCAGAGAAUUAACACUAGCAGAAAUGCCAAGGACGGACAGCAACAUUGAAGCGUGGCACCGGGGACUGCAGAGCAAUGGGGGCUGCAGUUCUCUCAAUAUCUGGGCAUUCCUGGGCUGCAUCAAGAAAGAGCAGUCCUUGACAAAGGUGAAGCUGGCUCAAGCAGAGGGCGGCACGACAUCUUCGAGGGUGUCCAAGAAGCACGCCGACAGCAACCAGCGUCUUCAAAUCAUUGUGAGCCGGUACACAGCCUACAAGGAGUUCGUUUGGUGGAUAUGGGGAAGACUGGGCAGGUUCCGCCGCAUCAGGUUUCCGUGAUGUGUGGAGGCUAGAAUCAGAGAGGAGUUUCCCUCAGCUACGUAGACUGGCGUCCUCUACUCCUGAUUGUGGAAGCGAGUCCUGUUGGCCAAGACUGCAGCUUCCUUGUUUGGCCUCUGGGCAACACUGCACAAAGGGGGCCUUGGCGGGCGGGGCCUAUUGG